UCAUCCUCCUGGACGUCCUGCGAUUCUCUGCCACGAUGAACCUCAAGCUCCUGUUUGUUUUCCUCUUUUUGGCAGUGCUCUUCAUGCCUGCUCAACUAAAACCUAAACACAAAAAACAUAAGGGCAAGCAUCAUGGACUUUUUGCACAUGGGCAUGGUGGACCUCCUGGUCAUCGUGUACCAAAGCACAAAAAACAUGCUAAAUUUCAAGACAUAAUUCAGGGUAAGUACAAUUUCUACAUUAUCUUUGCGCUCCUAAAUGAUGAUGACGAUGAUGAGGAGCAUGAUGAUUUAGACUGGUUUUUCGACUUUGACACAGAAGGGCAGUGUAAUCCAAACCCAUGCUUGAACAAUGGAGUAUGUAAGGAAAAGCGCAAGAACAAAUACAAAUGUGAAUGCCCCAAACCUUUCAAGGGAAGAAAGUGCGAGAAAGGUCCCAAAUAUUGUAGAAAAGGUAAAUGUGGACGUGGUGAGUGUGUAUUGACUCCAAACCCGCCGUACUAUGAGUGUAAAUGCAAGUUGCCCUUUCAACCACCACACUGCAGAUCCUUUUCAACAUGUGAGCCCAGUCCAUGUAAAAAUGGUGGAACGUGCAUCCGGGAUGGAAAUGAUUUUGACUGUCAGUGUCCUGAAGGGUACACAGGACGAUACUGUCAUGUUGGUCCAGAUGACUGCUACACAGGGGAAGGGGAGUCAUAUCGUGGCAAUGUGAGUGAGACUGAGGACGGUGAUGAAUGUCUCUACUGGAACUCUCACUUCAUCCUGGAGCACGGAUCUUCUCCUUACACCUCCUUUGAGGAUGAAGAUGGACUAGGUCCUCACAACUUCUGCAGAAACCCAGAUGGAGACACAAGGCCCUGGUGCUUCAUCAGAAGAGGUCGUAGGCUGUCGUGGGAUUACUGUAAUAUAGCAGAAUGCUCUGAGCCAACAGAUGUGAUGCCAACUCAUGCUGUCCCUCCUACACCUCAGCCCACCACUCCACAGCCAACGCCCUCUGUGCCACAGCCAAAGCCCACUGAGCCACAGCCAAAGCCCACAGAGCCACAGCCAAAACCCACGGAGCCACAGCCAAAGCCCACGGAGCCACAGCCAAAGCCCACGGAGCCACAGCCAAACCAACUACCAACAACCACUUCUGUUCCCGUCAUCGUUCCCUUGACAACUGAAGCACCUUCAAAACAGUUUGCUACCUGUGGGAUACCUCAGCCUAAGAGGAAGAGAAUAUUUCAAGGUUGGAAGGUUUCUCCUGGGAAGUUACCCUGGCAGGUGUCUGUACAAGUGAAAAACAAAGGCUCCUACCUUCCUUAUGCACACAUAUGUGGAGGUGUUCUCAUUGAGAGCUGCUGGGUCCUGACAGCGGGACACUGCCUGGAACCAGACAAGGACAUGCAAGUGGUCCUGGGGGAAAUGACACUGUUUUCACAAGAACCCACAAAACAAAUCCUGCACGUUGAAAAGGCCAUUAGACAUGAAAACUACAGAGAGACCCCUUCAACUGUUUACAAUGACAUAGCUUUGUUGAAGCUGAAAGGUACUAACGGCGUUUGUGCCAAUGAGACCCAGUACGUAAAGACGGCCUGCCUGCCUGAUGCCCAGCUGCCUGAUGGGACGGAUUGUAAAAUUUCAGGAUGGGGAGUAACUGAGAAUUCUUCUUUUGGUUCCAUCACUGCUCAAGCUGACGUAACACUGAUUAACCAGGAGAAGUGCUCUGAAAAGAACAUUUAUGGAUCAUCUCUGGACUCAAGCAUGUUCUGUGCAGGCCACCUCCAGGGAGGAGCUGAUGCCUGCCAGGGUGACUCUGGUGGACCACUGACUUGUAUGCAGAAUAAUGUGCAUGUUGUCUAUGGUUUGGUGAGCUGGGGAGAUGAAUGCGGGAAAGCAAACAAGCCUGGAGUCUAUACACGGGUCACUCAGUUCCACAACUGGAUCAAGUCAAAGAUUCAAGAAACAUCUGCAUAGGGCAGCUUUGUAAUGUAGAAGCAUGUCUGUCAGUCUAUGCAAUGUUAUGAAUGGAGAUAAACAAAAAAAAAAAAAACGAUGUAGGCUUUGUACCUGGUAUUAUGCAUUCCAGGUAUGAACUAACUGACCAAAGACACUCAUGUGACACUCGUACGUUGUUCUGUCAAUCACUACCUGUCAGUGGUGAUGACAGUUUACUGGGUUCACCACCACAGAAGCACCAAAAACCUGCACAAACUGAUGUAUUUCUGUUGUUUUGCUCAGAAUUUGUAGUGUUACAGUGGGCCACGUCAGUGGUUCAGAGUGAAGUUUAACAUCGGGCCCUCAACAAAUUAACUCAAGAAAAGAAAGUGUCUAAAAAGAAACCCUUCUCUGUAGAUUUACCAUUACUGAAGAAUUAUCACAUCCACUUGAACUGCAGAUUGUUACUGGUUUAAGGAUUUUGUGCAGUUGGCCAUUGUGUCUCAUUGUCCCAUUUUGAAGACUGAAAUCUUCACUCCCCUAACUGUCUUGGCAAUUCUUUCACAUUUGAUACACAGAAUAAAAUGCUGUCACAUGAUUGUG